AUGGAUGUGCUCGCAGCUUAUAUACAGGAGAAUGAGCCUAAAUUGGUCCAAGAUCAAAAAGAAGCCUUUGACAAGAUUACUAGAGCAGUUUUUGAUAGGCAAAGGGGUAUAUAUCUUUUUGGAUGCUCCAGGCGGAACCGGGAAGACGUUUCUUAUCAACCUUAUUUGGCAAAGGUGCGGCACAGAAAUGAGAUUGCCCUGGCUGUCGCUUCAUCCGGCAUUGCUGCUACACUCUUGACAGGUGGUAGGACUGCUCACUCGGCGUUCAAGUUACCCUUAAAUCUGACAAGCACAGAGACUCCAACGUGUAACAUCCCAAGGAAUUCAGGAAAGGCAAAGGUUCUACAGGAUUGCAAGCUCAUCGUUUGGGACGAGUGUACCAUGUCCCACAAAGCCGCAUUCGACGAAGCAUUAGAUGUCACCAUGAAAGACCUCAGACGGAACAAUGACAGAAUGGGAGGCGUCGUAAUGGUUUUGGCAGGCGAUUUUCGACAGACGCUACCAAUUAUUCCGCGUGGAACGAGGGCAGAUGAAAUGCAGGCCUGCAUAAAAUCUUCUUACAUCUGGAAUGGCAUUCAAACACUUGGAUUAUCGACUAACAUGCGAGUUCAUCUCAACGGUGAUCCCUCUGCCCAGCAGUUUGCAGAUAAUCUACUGAAACUAGGAAAUGGAGCCCUUACUUCAGAAAAUGAAGAAGGAUAUGUAGCGAUGCAAGGCAUUGGAAGGAUUGUGACUACUGAAGAAGAACUGAAAGAGGCUGUGUUUCCGAAUGUGAUUCACCACUUCACUGAUCACGCAUGGCUGUGCGAAAGAGCAAUUCUUGUCCCAACAAACGAAGCCGUCAGUGUUAUCAACAAGGAACUUUUACAGAACUUACCCGGAACUCUUCAUAUUUACAAAUCUAUAGACACGACAUGCAAUAUUGACGAGGCUGUCAACUAUACGACAGAGUUUCUCAACAAAUUAGAGCCACCUGGAGUACCCUAUCACAUAUUGGACUUGAAGGUUGGAGCACCGAUAAUUCUCCUCAGGAAUCUGGAUCCGCCUGCACUUUGCAAUGGAACAAGACUUUCUAUCAAGAAACUGAUGCCAAAUAUUAUAGAAGCCACCAUCAUGACCGGACAUGCUGCAGGCGAAGAUGUGUUUAUUUCAAGAAUUCCUAUAAUCCCUUCCGAUCUCCAGUUUCAGUUUAAGCGUAAGCGUCUACAAUUCCCUGUUCGUUUGAGUUUCGCGAUGAGCAUUAAUAAGGCACAAGGACAAUCUCUCAAAGUUGUAGGGCUCGACCUCCGUAAGCCGUGUUUCUCCCAUGGUCAACUGUACGUGGGUUGUUCAAGAGUUGGUAAUGCCGAUAAUCUACACAUCUUAGCUCCGAAUGGAAGAACAUUAAAUAUAGUUUUAUCCCGAGGCUCUCUAACGAAAAGGACAAUCUAA